AUGGCUGCUUCACCCAGUUCGGCCGCGGCUACGUCGGAUAUUGACCAGGCGAGCUCCCCCGUCGCCCUCGAUGAUAAAUCAGUUGCCUCGCGCGGCGCCGGCUCGCCUGCUGGCAGCGACGACGAGGAUACGCAAAUGGCCGACGAGGCCGCCGAAGUGCGCGACAAACCGACCCGUGGGAGAGCAAGGGCGUCGAUGAAGGGCGGCGAACCAGCACAUCAGAUUGGCAAAAUUCGCCAUUUGAAAAAGGAAGAUGGCGAGCCUUUAUGGAGAGAGGAUAUUCAGUACGACCUUCUUCGCGCAAUCUUUGACAACGAGCAAAAGGUCUUCACCAACUCGUACGACGCCAAACUGGGCAAGCAGUGCUUCGCCGAUCUUUACAUUGACACCAUGUCGCGAAGCAGCAAGACGAGCAAGGUCUUGCGAGAUAAGCUGUUGAGUGACAGAGAUGCUGCCAAGGGCAUGGCCAUGGUGUGUCUUUUGGUCAACGUCGGCCGCAUGAAUACGACGCUAAACUUCUUUCCCGAAAUGAGGGCUCAGCUGCGAACCUACCACGCGAUCCCCUCGUUGCAGGCGCAUCAAGAUGCCCACGCAUACAAGCAGUUGCAAGAUGCUCCACGUCUCAAGUCCAUCUUGAAGGGCGGUGCUGAAGACCGGGAGGAACCAAACUCUCUCGAGAAAAUCAAGAGAGCUAAUGUACCACGGACAAAUCCAGUCAACCUCAUCUUUUCCAUGUGUCAUUCGGCGCAAAAGGUUGCCGAGCUGCAUUUCCCCGACGGGCAGGAAUUCCACGACCUCAUCAUGAAGACGCAAUUCACCAGCACAUCCCGAGCCAUGGCGUUUCUGUGGCUUAUGUGGUUUUACCUGGAAUCCGACUUCACCGAGGAAGGCUGCGAGGAGAAUCCCUUUGGAGCCGGUGUUGACUACGGACUAGAUGUCGCCAACCAGGGCGUGCCCAGACUCGUGGAGAUGACAGAGGAUGAACAAGCCAAGGAAAAUGUGGACAGUCCCGAGGAGAUUGAGUUUGGUCGCGAAAAGCAAAAGACGAGAGCCAAGAUUCUCGAGAUGGACCAAGCCUACCUGAACGAGAGAGACACGAAACGCGGCGGCAAGCGCGCCGUCGAUGACGGUCCCGCCAUCCUGCCUCGCAUACGACCAUCCAAGCAUGAUUCGGAUCGAGACAGCACGAGAUCGACUCCGCCCCCGAGAGGCGUGGGGAGAGGAGGCCGACGUGGGCUAGGGCUCAAGUACCAAAUAUUUGAAGGUUCAUCUCCCGCUCGACAUGGAUCGGAAGGCGUGGGAUCCCGAAAGCCCCGCCCUCCGACGGCGCACCAACUUGCUGUCGAGCGAAACCGCAGUGAACGAGUGGAAUACAUUCUCGAUCGCGGUCUCCGAAAACAGCACCACAGGACCCGUAGAGUGCGGCGGGUCGAAGGUGCCAUCUUCAGAGCACACAGGAGGCUACAAGCUCAAGAAGACCCAUUCGAGGACAGCGACGCUGAGGAUGCCGUCGCCCGCAUGGCUUCUUCCAAGGACAAGGCGGCUGUUUUUCGCGAAAAAGGAAUUGGCGGACUGUGUCUCCUGGCUGACGAGCCGGACGAUUACGGCGAGGAAGUAAGCGCGUAUGCGGCGGCUCUUCGACGAUCGACCCGUCGCUUAGGUCGAUGGGCUGGGCGUGAAAGCGAACUAGGUGUCAUUGCACCCGUCAAGAAACCCAAGGCCAAGAGCGAGGUCAAGAACACGGACGGCGGCGCUGACGAGGGCUUGGCUGCAUCUCCCCUGAAGAAUGGCGAUACCAACGGCGACGUCACCAUGGGCGACGCAGACAUUGAGGAGACUGCCAUGAUGGAUGAUGAGGAUCUCGACGACCAGGACAAGACGGAGGUCUUGGUUGACUCGGAGGGGGAGUAG